GAGAGAGACAGGAGGGGAGGAUAAAGGGAGUAAGGGAUGGGAAAAAAAUUAGACGACUGCAUGAUGUUCAGUGGUGUGACUUCCUUUGGAAUACUUUAAGAGUGAACACAGUUUUUACUACCCUUCAUUGACCCACGGAGGAGUUGCACAGAUUGUGCACUCAUAUCAGCGAUCACACUGGAGGGACGGUGCCCCCCGAUGGGGCCUGCUGAGGGGCAGUGCUGUGGGAGCUGCCCCCCUUUGCCCCCUAUUAUCAUACCAAUCAUGGCUAGCAUGGAGCUUUGCACCGCCCAAGAAGAUGGAUGCUUUCCCUCAGAUGGAGUGAUGGGGGAAACAGAAGCACAGGCCAUGGAGGAAUUUCCAGUACAGAGAAAAGGUGACAGAUUGCCCUUUCAGAUCUUCCCAGAUCCAGUGGGGGUAGUUUUGGGACAGGAGGGGACUCUAACCUGCGUUCAACAGGGGAAAGAGCGUCUGCCGUCUAUUGUGGUGGAGCCUACUGAUGUUAGUGAGGUGGAGAGCGGUGAGCUCCGCUGGCCCCCAGAAGACAUGGACUUUGAUGAAGAUGAAGAUCUGUUCCUGGAACAGUGCAUCCCACCAGCUAACAUCGCCGACUGGGGGGAGGAAGAGGAAGAAAGCUCUGUCAUUGAAAACCACCAGACCACAUCUUUAUUAGAUCUUCAGACGGAUGACUUUAGGGACGACACCCCGACACUGCCUCCAGAGAGUGCUCCGGCUCUAAACUAAACCCCGCCCACUGCUCAGGGUCUGACCAUAACCUAUUAAACCCAGCAUUGUCGUGUCAAGGUGAUCUGCAUGCAAAAAUAACUCCAGGAUGCUUUCCUGAACAUCUCAAAGAGAUUUAUGUUCAAAAUGAGUUACAUGAACAAAUCUGAGUGCGUGGCGGUGGUUCUAUCACAGGAUGACAUCAACUUUGACACUUUAACCAGAGAACAGAAAGCAUAAACCUGUGAAAGAAUUACUGUACUCGACAUAAAAAUAUGUAUUUUACUUUUGCAAAGCAGUAGAUUGCAUAUAGUCGUUUUACAUCUUUCAUAGUUUUAUUUUACAACUUUACCAAUGUUUUUCCUUUUGCUAAUUGUUUUAGAAUGAACAUCAUGUUUAAACACUUGCUGUCAGAAUGCAAAAUAUUGAUUUAUAUUAUUUAGUUGAUACAGUAUAUUUCAAAAUGUUACACCCGGUCAGCGUAUUACCACAGAGUUCAAAUCUAAUCUUAUAAUCAAAAAAGGGAAGAAACAUCAUGGCAACACAAUGUUAGGUAAUCAUAUGCACACAUGAUCUGUAAAACAGCAUUUAUGGAGACGAUGCAAU